ACCUCUUCACUUCACACAUGCAUAUAUGCACCAGCCACUCUCUCUUUUUGUUAGCUUACACACUUCCAGAACAAUCCUUUGCAUGCCUCAUCCCAUGAAACUCACAAACUCAAACCCACCUCACCAAAUUUAAAUCUCCUCAACAUCAUCUUCUUCUAUAUAUUCACAGUUGAUUACGGAAAGAUACACAACAAUGAGAACUGGGAUUUGCACUAUACCACAAGCCCUCACUCCAGAGGCAACAACCUUAGUGAAGCAAGCAGUGACCCUAGCAAGAAGAAGAGGCCAUGCUCAAGUCACUCCUCUUCAUGUUGCUAGUGCCAUGUUAGCUUCCUCCACCGGCCUUCUCCGAAGGUCUUGCCUUCAAUCUCAUUCCCACCCUCUUCAAUGCAAGGCCUUGGAGCUUUGCUUCAAUGUUGCCCUCAACCGCCUCCCUGCCUCCACGUCCAGCCCCCUCCUCAGCCCACACACGCCUCACCCUUCUCUUUCCAAUGCCCUAGUUGCCGCCUUCAAGAGGGCUCAGGCUCACCAGCGCCGUGGCUCGGUCGAGAACCAGCAGCAGCCGAUCUUAGCCCUCAAGAUCGAGGUCGAGCAGCUGAUCAUCUCGAUCCUGGAUGACCCGAGCGUGAGCCGGGUUAUGAGAGAGGCUGGCUUCUCGAGCACCCAAGUCAAGAAUAGAGUAGAGCAAGCUGUCUCCAUGGAAGUCUGCUCGCAACCUUCAAAAGCACCAAACAAUCACCCUAAAGAUCAAAGUGUCAACACUUCCAAUAAUCCCAAACCCCUUGCUCUUGGGUCAUCCAAUGUGUCUCUAUCCUUGCACUCAGGUCUUGCCGGGCCUCAGGGCAAUAACAAGCCAGCUGAGCCAGCUCGCGCCAGCGACGUUGCAAGUGUGAUAGAAGCGAUGAUGGGGAAGAGGAGGAACACAAUUGUGGUGGGAGAGUGCGUGGCCAGUGCAGAGGCAGUGGUGAGAGGGGUCAAUGAAAAGCUUGAGAGAGGACACAGUAAUGGCUCAGGUGUUGAAUUAACGAUGAGGUCACCAACAAUCCAAUUCAUGAGCCUCCCAAUCUUGUCCAUGAGGAACUCCUCUAGGGAUGAGGUGGAGCAGAAGCUUGCGGAGCUGAGAGAGGUUGUGAAGAACUGUGUUGGGAGGUCCUCCGGGGUGGUUCUCUACUUGGGGGAUGUGCAAGGUGUGUGUGAGAUGUGGCUGAACUUUGUGGAGCAUAGGAGGAGAAUGAUGAUGAGCUAUAGCUACUGUCCAUUGGAGCACAUAGUGAUGGAGAUCAAGAAAUGGGUGUGUGGUGGUGGGGUCGGGGAGGUGAACAAAAGGGUGUGGCUGUUGGGUGUGGCCACUUUGAGGACAUACAUGAAGUGCAAAGCAGGCCAUCCUUCCUUGGAGACUGUCUGGGAGCUUCACCCUCUCACUGUCCCUGCUGGGAGCCUCAGCUUGACUCUCAAUUUUGACUGUGAUUGGCAAUCUGAGGUGAAAUGCAAGGAAGCCAAAGAAGAGUCAAGCUGGUCACUGUUUGCGAAUAUUAAUGGAGGACACAGUAAUAACCAGCUCGCAUGCUGCUCCGACUGCAUGCUCAACUUUGACAAGGAAGUCCAAACUGUAAGGAACAAGUUAGACUCCAUUAACACUUCAAGCAGCUCAAGCCUCCCUUCAUGGCUCCAACAAUACAAGGAUGAGAAGACCAGAGAUACUGUCAAUUUUCAGCAGAAUUGUGUCAAUAUCAAGAGUCUCUGCAAGAAGUGGAACACAUACUGUAGUGCAGUUCACAAACACCAACUACAAUAUCCUGAGAAAGUCCUCAAGUUCUCUUCAACGCCUUCUUCUCCAAGAUCGCUGUCUUCUUCGCUGCGUCAUCAGAGCCAAUUCAGCUGGCCGACUUUGUUAGAAUUCAAGCAGUCAUCGCCAAAAGAGCACCAGUUUUGGACUCCCGAGACGAGCUACGACGACAAGAAUGAUGAGAGCGAUGUGAAAAUGUUCAUCCCGACCGAGAGGAACAACCCGAAACCGGACCUUUUGUCAAAUCCUAACUCGAGUCCUAACUCAGCUUCAUCCAGCGAAGUGAUGGAGGACAUGAACAAUACUGAUAGCUUCAAGGAAUACAGCGCCGAGAACCUGAAAGUCUUGUGCGAUGCAUUGGAGAUGAAGGUCCCGUGGCACAAGGAUGUCGUUCCCGAGAUUGCAAAAACUGUCCUCGAGUGCAGAUCCGGAAGGCGAAGUUACGACUUGAAAGACAGACAGAAGAAAGAAGAGACAUGGAUGCUCUUUGUGGGAAUUGACUCUCUUGGCAAGGAGAAGAUUGCAAGAGAAUUGGCCAAGACCAUCUUUGGUUCUCAAACCAACUUUGUCUCAAUUGGUCUGACCAGCUUCUCCUCCUCAGCAGGAGGAUCAGGUUCAACCGAGCACUGCAAGAACAAGAGACCAAGAACUGAAACGGGUCGUGGGUAUCUACAAAGAUUCGGUGAGGCGGUGAAUGAGAAUCCACAUAGGGUGUUUUUCUUGGAGGACUUGGAUCAAGCUGAUCACUUUUCUCAAAUGGGUGUCAAGAAAGCAAUUGAAAGCGGGAAAGUAACACUUGAUGAUGAUGAAGAAGAAGUGGCCGUGGAUCUUCAGGAUGCUAUUGUGAUCUUCAGCUGUGAAAGCUUCAGUACUGUGUCAAGAGCUUGCUCUCCAACCAGGAGGCAAAAGAUAAUUGUAGAUCAAGAGGAGGAAGAGAAGGACGAUCAUCAAGCUGACACGGCGAAACCAAUCAGCGAGUCACUAGAUUUGAAUGUGGCCAUUGAAGAUGAUGGUGAUCAAAGUUGUGGAGAUGGGAAUUGGAUUAUGGGUUUGGUUGAUAAGAAGAUCAUCUUCAAAGUUCAAGAACUAUGAUGUAGGCAAGCAAGACCAAAAUGAUCUAACCGUUGGUCCAAUUUUCAAUUUUUUUUACUUUCUUGUUUAGCUUUUUUGACAGAAUUUUGGGGAGGGGCAAAGGAAGAAUACACAUCGAAAGAGAGUUAAGAGAAUUAUUUGAGUGUUUGCAUGGGGAUUGGAUUUGUUGGCUUUAGCAGUUGUAUAGUAUUAAUACUCAGUAGGUGGAUGGAUAGAAUCUUAAUUUCUAUUCAUGUCAUGUAAUAUAUGAUUUCUUUAAUUGGGGGUUUUCUUUGGUCUAA